AUGGAAGCAAUUGAAGAACCACCAAAACCAAUGGAAGUAUUGGUAAAGGCAAUUCAUACGGAAUUUGAAAACCUUCAAUCAGAUGGAGCCUAUGGCAAUGGAGAAAUCAUCCAAAACCUACUAUUAGACUAUAUUUCCAAUCACAAUGAUUGGAGAGAAUAUGCAUUCUUUUGUCCAUACAGAUAUUCCAGAAACUUGGUUGCCAAAUCUGAUGAAUAUGAAUUAAUGGUCAUUUGUUGGAGUAAAGGUCAAGCUAGUCCAAUUCAUAAUCAUGAAGGAUCAAGAUGUUGGAUGGCAUGUGCGAGUGGAAUGUUACAAGAAACACAAUAUGUUUAUCAAAAUAACAAAACUUCAUAUGGAACAGGACCAUUGGAAUCUAGUUUGGUAUCAACGAUUGAUGAAGGUACAGUUGGUUAUAUCACCGAUGAUAUUGCCCUACACGUUAUCGAGAGUAUCGAACCAGUCUCUAUUUCAAUUCAUCUAUACUCUAGACCAAUCACUGAAUGUAAUAUCUAUUGUCCAACCACUGGUAAUAUUACCAGAAGAAAAUUAGGAUACUUUACCCAAUUCAAGGAAAAGUGUCCACAACCAUCGACUGCUGCCGCUGCUGCUGCUGCCGCUGCCGCCGCUGCUUCAUCCUCUUGUAGUAACUCACCUACUUGUAACAGUCCAACCUCUUCUACUAGCACCACAUCUUCACCUUUAAUGCAAAGCAAUGGAGCAUCAUCACCACUUGCCAAUGCUCCUUCACCUAUUCCAAUUCCAACUCCAUUCACAAAUGUCAAUAUGAUGGCUUAA